AUGAUUCACCCGGCUAGUCAGGGUUCCUGGAUAUGGCGAAAGACGGAAAGGAUCAAUAAUCGCCAAGUUUUUAUUGAUGACAGUGUUUUGCACUGUCUUCUAGAAGUAAAUCCACUUGGAUGGACUUUUGGAAACGGAGCUGAUGCCCUAAAAUGGAACUCUCCGGCGGUAUCUCAUGGCUGCUCUGCUUAUCUUCACGAUGGGAUUUUCAACAAGAAAAGAAUUGACCAUGAAGAACCAUAA